AUGGCAGAAGCCAGUAUUCCAGUGGCUCAGGAUGAGUUCUCGCUGUAUUACAGACUGCUGGGAUCAGGAGGAUCAGAAGAGAGUCUACAGCUGUCCUCAGUGCAGACACACCUUCAGUCCAAGACCUGCUUUAUCUACCAUGUCCUGCUGGCUGAAGUGGUGGAGAAACUGAAGAAGACCAGACUCUCUGCUGACUGUUCCUCUGGAUCUGGAGAUGUGCAGUGUGACGUCUGUACUGGGAAGAAACUCAAAGCCGUCAAGUCCUGUCUGAUGUGUCUGAACUCUUACUGUCACAAUCACCUCCAACAACACGAGAGCUUCUUCAGAGGAAAGAAACACAAACUGACCGAAGCCACUGGACGACUGCAGGAGAUGAUCUGCACUAAACAUGAAGAACCGCUGAAGCUCUACUGCAGAACCGACCAGCGCUGCAUCUGUUAUCCGUGUGUGAUGGAGGAACACAAGAACCAUGAAACUGUGACGGCAGAAGAAGAGAGGACAGAGAAACAGAGGAUUCUGAAAGAGACACAAGUAAAGUAUCAGCAGAGAAUCCAGCAGAGAGAGAAAGAUCUCCAGCAGCUGAGAGAGACUGUGGAGUCUCAUAAGAGCUCUGCACAGACAGCAGUGGAGGACAGUGAGAGGAUCUUUACUGAGCUCAUCCGCUCCAUUGAGAGAAGCCGCUCUGAGCUGAUACGACUGAUCAGAGAUCAGGAAAAGACUGCAGUGAGUCGAGCUGAAGAACGACUGGAGCGACUGGAGCAGGAGAUCAAUGAUCUGAGGAGGAGAGACGCUGAGCUGGAGCAGCUUUCACACACACAGGAUCACAUCCAGUUCCUGCAGGUAACACACAUCCUCACACAAUUCCUGGGCUCAUUAGAGUGA